CUCAGAGAUAUAUGCCGGCUUAGAAGCCUGAAUGCACCAGUGAAAAGAAGACGCUCUACCAGGGAGGUAACAUUUAAUGAUGACACGUCAGGAAGGUAAAAAAAUAAAAAUAAAAAGCAAGUCUGUGAAGAGGACACUUCACAACUAGUGAACAUACAGGUCUUACAAGUAUGAUACUUGUCAAAGUGGUUUCAUCUGCAGUUACAACCCGUUCCAUUAUUUCUGCUUACAUAAAUGGAGCAUCGAGGCAAGACCAAGACACUGAAGACUUCUUUUAUGCUUUUGAUUGUACAGUUGUGCCUUAGCAUUAUUUUAUUUUUAUUAUAUAACUAUGCAAAUCCCUCAGUGUCUAGCGAUGAAUUUUCCUAUACAAGUAUACAUCAAGAACUAGAACUGGCUAAUGACACGAAGAUCAUCCUUGUUUGGACCUGGCCAUUUGGUGACACAUUUCCACUUAAUGAAUGUCCACCAUACACUAAUAUUUCUGGAUGCUUUUACACAGCUAACAGAACCUUGUAUUCUUCUGCAGAUGCAACUGUUAUGCAUCACAGAGAUGUAUGUUAUUCCAGGAAACAGUUACCUCAGAUACCAAGACCACCAAAUCAGUAUUGGGUAUGGUUUAACUUGGAGUCUCCAUUACACAGCCCAAACUUGCAUUUUAUGGAUAAUCUCAUCAAUCUCACAACGUCUUUUAGAGCUGAUUCAGAUAUUUUCACACCUUAUGGCUGGCUAGAGCCGAAUCAACGAGAUGAGAACUUCACAAUUCCUCCAAAGACUAAGUUGGUGGCCUGGGUAAUCAGUAACUGGAACCCAAAAUCUAAUAGAGUACGGUAUUACAAAGAGCUCAAAAAAUUUCUUCCUGUAGACAUAUAUGGAAGACAGCAUUUAGCUCUCCCAACAAAUGAACAUGAAAAAACAUUGUCCAAGUAUAAGUUUUAUCUCGCCUUUGAAAACACAAUUCAUGAAGAUUAUAUUACAGAGAAACUCUGGAAAAAUGCGUUGAAAUCUGGUUGUUUGCCAGUUGUAUUGGGCCCUUCUCGAAAAAACUAUGAGCGUUUUAUUCCGAAAGACUCUUUUCUACAUGUUGAUGACUUCUCCACGCCUGAAGAGCUUGCUAAAUAUAUCUUAAAAUUGGACAGUGAUGACAAAGCUUACCAGCAGUAUUUUACAUGGAGGUCCAGACUUCAUCCCUUUGCAGAUCCUAGCUGGCAGACUCAUUACUGCAGAGUAUGUAAAGCAAUAAAAGAAGCUCCUGCAUACAAAACUAUUUCAAAACUUGGAGCAUGAUCCAGACAGCAUAGAGGCAACUCAUUCUCUACAACCUGGAGAUUGGGUAGUGGUGAAACGACACGUGCGGAAAGUUCUAGAACCACGAUUUGAGGGUCCACAUCAAGUACUGUUAACCACCGCCACUGCUGUCAAGUUGGAAGGAAAGCCUAAUUGGGUCCACGCAUCACACUGCAAAAAAGUACCAGAACCUCAAGUGCUGGAAUGACUGCAAGGGCCGUAAUAUCUUUUCAUUUUUUACUAUUCAUUUUAUAUUGUACAGGGGAACAUGCACAGUCAGAUCAAGUCCCAAAUUCCAUAUUUAGAACAAUAUUAACACAAGGGAAUCAGAAUACAAUUACAUCUCCUACAGCUUCACCCAUGGUUGACAAAAUGGCCUUAGAGACAGGGUUUUCAGACACAAAUGUAUGGCUAGAAUGGAUCCGCUAUACGGUUCUUUCCCAGAAGCGAUCCAACUGCAUAGCAUGUGCUGCAGCUCGACCUCAUUUGGGUACGGUACCUUUCCCUUUGAGUGAGGUUGCCGAUCCUGAGGGUUUCAAGUGUAUCCUUAAGAUGUACACUGAAACCAUUCCCAGUAAUGACACCUCCCGCUGCAGGACAUUAGAAUUACUCUAUCCUAUUGUUCAUGAUAAAGCUCAUAUGGGUUUCGGUAUAACGCCAUACCCUGGAAAUUAUACCUGUUUCAAUCGUAACCAUACAGGCAAAGACAUUGGUGUUUUCCCUCCAGGAUAUUGUUCCUAUAACAUCUAUCUAAAUGAGACAAGUAGUGACUCUGAUGCUUACCCUGACAAAUGGUUUGUCCACCAAGGUUAUCAACAUUCGGACAUCUGGUGGUUGUGUGGAGACAUGAAGCUCCGACCCAGGAUACGAAUGGAAUGGAUUGGCCAAUGUACCUUGAUUAAGGUGCUGAUGCCAUUUGUUCUAUUUUCGACUCUUGAGUGGGAGCAAGUCAGUACGCAAGCCAAUGUCCGGUCAAGGCUAAGGAGGUCACUCCCUACAUCUUUUGAUUCUCAUGUAUACAUAGAUGCUAUAGGAGUCCCUAGAGGAGUUCCUGAUGAAUUCAAGGCUAGAAACCAGAUAGCUGCUGGUUUCGAAUCAAUACUUCCCACAAUUGGCGUAAAUAAAAAUGUAGGAUGGAUUAACUAUUUGUAUUAUAAUCAACAGAGAUUCGUAAAUUAUACCCGAGAUGCAGUAAAAGGAAUAUCGGAACAACUGAGCUCUUCAUCGGUGAUGGCGUUACAGAAUCGACUGGCCCUCGACAUGAUCCUAGCGGAAAAAGGAGGCGUCUGCAAGAUGAUCAGAAGUUCCUGCUGCACCUUCAUUCCGAACAACACUGCCCCUGACGGAAGCAUCACAAAGGCUUUGAAUGGACUGACUUUGUUAUCAAAUGAACUAGAGGAAAACUCUGGAAUCAACAACCCCAUUAAUUCAUGGCUAGAACAGUGGUUUGGGAACUGGUCUAAUGUGUUAGCCAAUAUGUUAAUGACACUGGUGGUAGUACUUGUAGGGUGUUGUGUGAUUCCUUGUUUUAGGAAAAUUGUUUUUAAAAUGUUCAAUUCAACCACACCUGCAACAACCAUGUACAUGCAUUGUGAAACUGACAAACCUAAAGAUUAUUUGGAGAACCUCUUUGAGGAACGCGAUUCCGUCCUAAAACAAAUGAAAUCUUGUUGAUAGUUGCGGAAUAAAUAGAACCAGAUGAAGGCAAACCCGAAAGGGGGGGGAUCUGGUGAAGCAAUAAGGAAAGUCCAGCUCUUCGCCAUUUAGGGCGCUGGGAGAGUACCUCACAUUGCUUAUUCAUCUUGUAUCUAUUUACCGCAAAAAAGAGGGAUUUGUGAGAGACAAGAUUAAGAUUUCUCCUGUAGUACACAUUUGUCUCCACUAGAUGGCAAAAACUCAAUUAGGAGCCUCAUGUACAUCUUCUUUGUCUUAAGAUCAUUAGUGAAAGAAAGGAGGAGUUAAGUUGCUAUCUUUCGAAUGUGCCAAUCAACUCAGGAAUGGAGUUAGUAAACCACUCCCUUUUUGUCACAGAGCCAAUGAACUUUCAUCUAGGACUACCCUUUUGUCUACCUCAUGUUGCCUAUAUAAGAGUAUGUAACUGUAAUAAAGAUAUAGAUAUUUUUCCAUGAUACCAGCCUGCAUUGGUCUCAGAGAGAAAGCUGUAUGAGCUCAUACUUAUAAUUCUAACUGAUUUGGAGCCACACAAAAGAAGAAGUUGUGUCGUAGAUUUUGCGACAACACAUGUCCCCCAGUUCAAUCGGCCCCUCCAUGCCAUGUCCCCCAGUUCAAUCGGCCCCUCCAUGCCAUGGCCCCCAGUGCCAUCAGCCUCUCCAUGCCAUCAUGUCACCCACUCCUCCAGUACCAUCAUCCCCUCCAUUCCAUGUCCCCCAGUUUCAUCAGCCCCUCCAGGACAUCAUGUCCCCCACUCCCCCAGUGCCCUCAGCCUCUCCAUAUCAUGUCCCCAAUGCCAUCAGCCCCCCCAUGCCAUGUCCCCCAGUGCCAUCAGCCACUCCAGGACAUCAUGUCCCUCACUCCCCCAGUGCCAUCAGCCUCUCCAUGUCAUGUCCCCAGUGCCAUCAGCCCCCCAUGCCAUGUCUCCCACUGGCAUCAGCCACUUCAUGCCAUCAUGUCCCUCACUCCCCCACUGCCAUCAGCCCCUCCAUGUUAUGUCCUCCAGUGCCAUCAGCCCCUCCAUGCCAUGUCCGCUAGUGCCAUCGGCCCCUCCAUGCCAUGUCCCCCAGUGCAUUCAGCCCCUCCAUGUUUCCUCUCCCCCUGUAAUACUUACCUUUCCUGGCAGGGUGCGUGACAGGAGAAGGACCGCAGCAUCUUCUUCUCCCCAACAUGCACUCGGACCUGACGUCACACAGCGUCAGUCAGCGCACACUGACAAUGUGUGCACGCCAGGACAGUGCAGUGCUAGGGCGUGUCAAAUUUUUUUA